UGUGAGAUUGUUUACAUGUGUUUACCUAGUACCUAGUUACUAUUUUGUGGUUAUGUACCUAGAUAAAGUUUUGAAAUAAAUUUAUCUUUUAACUAAAUAAUAGAAUAGCUAACUCAAGAAUAGCUACGCCUAAUAAUCUAUGUCUCAGGUUUUAUUUAAAGUCAGUCAGUACAAUGGAUGUAGAGGCAUUACUAUCUAAUUGCAAUUUUUCAAUGUUAGAAGGUAAAGUAGACUCCCGAAUUUUGAAGUCCGUAAAAUGUAUGGGUUUCGUCAAGCCAACGAGAAUUCAAGCUGAAGUUUUACCACACCUUAUGCUGGGUAAAGACGUUAUAGGCGCAGCUAAAACUGGAAGUGGAAAAACACUAGCGUUUCUUAUUCCCGUUGUUGACAAAUUAUUAAAAUUAGGAUUCACUAAGAAACUUGGAACUGGGUGCAUAAUACUUUCACCGACAAGGGAAUUAGCCUUACAGACUUAUACUGUGUUGAAGAAAUUAUUAACCGAAAUUGAUUUGUCACAUUGUCUUAUAGUAGGUGGAGAGAAAAAGGUUAAAGAUAUAUUGGCUUUACAGCGAGGAUCAAACAUUGUAGUGAGCACCCCAGGCCGCCUGCUAGACCACCUUCAAAAUACAGAAUCAUUCAGAUGUUACAAUCUUAAAUGUCUAGUGGUGGAUGAAGCUGAUAAAUUAUUGGAAGCUGGCUUCGAGAAACAUAUCACAGGAAUAAUUAGUUUACUACCAAGUAAAAGACAAACACUAUUAUUUAGUGCGACAAUUGAUAAUAAAGUGAAGAGUUUAGUUAAAUUGGCGCUUCAUGCUAACCCAGUGCUAGUGUCAGUGAAUGAAGAUAGACAGUCAACUGUUACUGGGCUACAACAGGGAUAUUGCAUAUGUCCAGUGGAAAAAAGGAUACCCUGGUUGUAUAAAAUGCUCAAGAAGACUAAGAAACUGAAGGUUAUGGUAUUCUUUUCUUCCUGCAAGUCUGUGGACUUUCAUUAUGAUUUCUUCAAAAUUCAUUGCAGAGCUGCGGUAUUGAGUAUACAUGGAAAACAAAGUCAGUCCAGAAGAAAAGAAGCCUACCAGAAGUUUGUUGAAGCGGGUAAUGGUGCCUUGUUCUGUACUGAUGUCGCCGCCAGAGGACUGGAUAUACCAUCUGUAGACUGGAUUGUACAGUACGACCCCCCUACUGAUCCUAAGGAAUAUAUCCAUAGAGUUGGGCGGACAGCAAGAGGUUUGAAUCAAAAAGGUAGCGCCGUAAUACUUUUAAGGCCAGAGGAAGAAGAGUUUAUAAAAUAUUUGAGGAAAGAAAAAGUAUAUUUGGAUAAAUAUAGUUUUGGAGAUCCACCUAAUGAAGUUCAAGAUAUGUUAGAAGAUUUGGUAACAAAGAACGGUGUGGUAAAAACCUUAGCGAGAAAGGCUUAUCUAUCAUUUCUAAGGUGUUAUAAAACUCAUCCUAUGAAGAAAAUCUUUAAUAUCCAAACAAUGGAUUUGAAAUUAGCGGCGAAGGCCUUUGGCUUCCUGGAACAGCCUGAUGUGGAUUUUUUAAAAUCUCAAAAAUCGUGAUUCCAGUUUUCAAGAAAAAGAAAAUCUUUACCUAAAAUUCGGAAAAUGUGAAAGACGACAUCGAAAACAACAUAAUUAUAUCGAAUUUCGUUAUUAUUUCUAAGGGGUACUACUUUCC